UUCCCAACUGUCAGUUCAGUCAAGCGGUUGCAUUCGUGGCGUGAGUUUGUAGUCUUAUUUAACGUGUUAUCUUAUCAAAAACAGCGACGAGCAGUGUGUUUAUCAUCAGUGUUACCGCCCACGCUUUUCCGCUUGUAAACAAAUCUUAAAAUGAGCGGUAAAAUGUAUUUCGGAGGUGUUGAAGGGGGCGCGACACAUUCGAAUCUGGUGAUCUGCGAUGAGACGGGCAAGGUUGUGGGGCAGGCGAAGGGCCCUGGCACUAACCACUGGGCCCUUGGCAUUGAGAAGUGCGCAGCGCGCGUUAUAGCCAUGCUUCACGCUGCGAAACAAGAUGCCGGCUUACCACUAGAUAUGCCGUUGGAUUCACUCGGGCUGACGCUGUCAGGGUGCGAGCAGGACAGCAGUAACGCGGAGCUGGCUGCGCGUGUGAUAGAGGGAGACAAGUAUAGUGCUCGCAAGGUGUACGUCGCGUCGGACACCGCCGGCUCGCUGUUCACUGGGGCGCCCUCUGGUGGGAUGGUGCUCAUUGCUGGGACCGGAUCUAAUGCUUUACUACGCACCCCUGAUGGCAAACAGCACGGCUGUGGAGGCUGGGGGUAUCUGUUAGGUGAUGAAGGAGGAGCUUACUGGAUAGCCCACCGUGCGGUGAAGACAGUGUUUGACGACGUGGAUGGUCUGCGUCUCGCGCCGCACCCCACACACCGCGUAUGGGAACUCAUCCGGGAGCACUUCAACGCCGACACAAGGGCCGACCUGCUGCCCCAUUCAUAUAAGCACUUCGACAAAUCUCACUUUGCUGGUCUAACAGCGAAGAUCUCCCAGCUGGCGUACUCUGGGGACGCGUUAUGCGCGCACUUGCUGUCGCUGGGCGGCGCGGCGCUCGGCGCGCACAUCGCGGCGCUGUGCGCGCGCGCCGCCCCGCCCGCCCCCGCGCCCGCCGCGCUGCGCCUGCGCGUCGUCUGCGUGGGCUCCGUGUGGCACAGCUGGCACGCGCUCAAGCCCGGCCUGCUCGCACAACUCGCCGAUAGGAAGGUAAAAACUGAGCUAGAACUAGUCCGGUUGCGCGUAUCUAGUGCGAUGGGCGCGGCCUGGCUAGCUGCUAGACACGUUGACUAUGACCUGCCGAGAGAUGACUCUGCGUUCUGUGAUGUCUUCUACACUUACAGACCUUCUGAGGUCAACGGUAAUAUUAACGGUAACGUAAAAAAUAACGUUAAUAUUAACGGUAGCGGUAACGUUAACGGUAACGUUAAAAUUAACGGUACCAUCGAAAACGGUUAUCAAGGUUGCGGAUCCGGUGUUAUAGGUUACGUGAGUGUUAAGGAGAAAGUUUCAGCUGCUAGUAUAGUUAAUGAUAGUUUAAAAGGUAGAAGAGAGAAGUAUAACUUUAUAGCGGACGUUGUAGCAGUUUCUGCACCUUCUGUUGUGUAUAUAGAGAUCAAAGAUGGAAGAAGACUGGACUUGUAUACAGGCAGUCCAAUAACAUUGUCUAAUGGAUCAGGAUUUGUGGUUAAGGAAGAUGGGUUGAUAUUAACAAAUGCUCAUGUUGUUGUCAAUAAGCCUAACGCGAUAGUAGAAGUCAAAUUACUCGAUGGUUCCACACAUAAGGGUGUAGUUGAAGACGUAGACUUGAAGUCAGAUUUAGCAACACUCCGUAUCCCAGUCAAGAACCUGCCCACAAUGAAGCUUGGCUCGUCUGCAGAUAUUAGGCCAGGAGAAUGGGUAGUGGCUAUGGGUAGUCCUUUAGCUUUAAGUAACACAGUCACAGCUGGGGUAGUGAGUUCUGCGCAGAGAGCUAGUGAGGAGCUCGGUUUAAGAGGUAAAGACAUGGUAUACAUACAGACAGAUGCACCAAUCACAUUUGGCAACAGCGGAGGGCCGCUAGUCAACUUGGACGGAGAGGCUAUCGGAGUGAACAGUAUGAAAGUGAUGUCCGGGAUAUCAUUUGCUAUACCAAUUGAUUAUGUCAAGGAAUUCCUAGCUAAAAGCCGCAGCAAGUCCCCGCCGGUGUCGAAGCGGUACCUGGGCAUCACCAUGCUCUCCCUUACACCCAACAUACUCAUUGAGCUGCGGAUGAGGAACCCUGAGAUGCCCUCAGAUAUCAAGCAUGGUAUCAUUGUGUGGAAAGUUAUAAUCGGUUCUCCGGCUUACAAUGGCGGUCUACAACCUGGAGAUAUCAUAACGAAUAUCAACGGGAAACCAGUUUACAGUGCGACAGACAUCUACUCGUUGCUGGAGAGCACCUCGGGCCGGCUGCAGCUGGAGGUGGUCCGCGGACAUAAGAAGAUGACGCUCACUGUCACACCCGAGAUACACUAACAAUUUCGCCAAUUUAGCGAAUGCAAUCCGUUAAACCAUGAACUUGUGCUUUUGUAAGAUGUAAAAAAAUGAAUAAAAUUGUAUUUGUUAAUUUGAAAUUUGAAAAACAAUAAAAUUAAUAAAUUCGGUUACAAUUUAGUACUAUCAGGAAA